UUCCUUUGGCAUUCCCUGCGCCUGCGCAAUACAAUGACUACGCUGUGUUGGUAUUGUGGGUGGAGAUUUUCUGACUUUAAGCGCUUAGAUGUGUGCUUCUCAUGCUCCUUUGCUUUGACCUAAUGCUCUUAUUCACUCCAACGAUAAAGAACUUUAACAUCCAAGUCGACCCUUUAAAUGAGAGGAACACUGUUACCAGUGGGGACCUGGUGACAGGACACAUCUCUUUCGAGCUCACUAAGGAGACGAAAGUCACAUCUAUAACCAUGGCAAUGAAAGGAAAGGCGAUGGUUCACUGGUCGAGGAGUGCUGGGAAGGGGAAAAGGAGACAUUACUCUGCGAAGCUGGACUUCUUCAAAUUGAAAAACGUCAUCCUGCAGGAAACCAGCAGUAGUAUUUCUGGGGUGGGGCCAAAACUACAGCCUGGCACGCACAUGUAUCCAUUUUCAUGUCAGCUUCCACAGGGAGACUUCCCACCCAGCUAUAUGGGGCCUAGUGCACACAUCACAUACACCUUGACAGUAGGCAUCAACAGGCCCUGGCAUUUGUCCAAGGACACUGAUGCUCAGCUGAACUUUGUAAACCGCAUUGAUACCACCCAGCCAGAGCUGUGGGCUCCUCUCACAGGAUCCAACAGGACAACUCUGUGCUGCCUUUGCUGUGCGUCUGGUCCCAUCGGUCUGACGGCUAGAACAGAAAAGAAAGCCUUUACCCCUGGAGAAACUGUUAAAAUAAUUUGUGACUUCAGCAACACCUCGUCACGGAUAUUGACACCAAAGGUCACACUGCAACAGAAGCAGGUUUGCUACACCCUCAGCAAGCACAGUCAUAUGAUGUUAAUCAAGAAGUUGGUGAAUUUAACUGGAAAUCCAGUCAGUGCCUUCACUUCGAAUGUGCAAAAUGACAUCAUGCUGACUAUUCCCCCAUCUACGCCGCUCUCAAUCUCCAACUGCAGCAUCCUUGAAGUUGACUACUUCGUUGAGGUGAGCCUAUGUGCAAGAUUUUCUCACGACCUCACUGUGCUGAUUCCUAUCAUCCUGUAUGACCCUUCAGCAGUCACUCAACCUCCGCCUUAUUCGCAUAUGACUGAACACACCUCACAACAUAUAGAAUCGAGUUCUGUUUUAUCAGGCACUUAUUUGGUGGACACACAGUUUGUCAUGUCAAGUGACACUAAGAUUUCGGUGGGGUAUAAACCCAUAAACAAAAGUAAUAUUUUCACUAGUGGGGAUUAUAUCACUGGGGAAAUUACAUUAGAACUGGCAAAAGAAUGCAAAAUAGAGUCACUCAGUGUGAAGCUGAAAGGAAAAGCAGAGGUCCAAUGGAGAGAGCAUUACGGAAAAACAAUUGUAACCUUUCAUAAGAAAGUGAAGUACUUCAGCAUCAAACAAGAUGUAAUCCAGGUAAACCAGGGUAACAACACUGUCGGCCAGGGGUCCCAUGUCUAUCCUUUCACCUUCCAGAUCCCUGCACAGGGCCUGCCUUCCUCCUUCAAAGGCUCACAUGGAAAGAUUCAGUACAAUCUGGAAGCCAAUCUGAGCAGGUCUAUGAGAAUGGACAGCAAAGCUAAGGCAGAGUUCACCCUUAUCUGCAGUGGGAAUCCAAACGGCGAUGCACUAGUGAUGGCUCCACAGCAACAGGCCACUGAUAAGAAAAUGAAACUUUUCACAUCAGGAACAGUGGGGAUGGAUGUAAACAUUGCACGGACAGGAUAUCAUCAAGGGGAAGGCAUACAGGUUGUGGCCUCCAUUCAGAACAGAUCAUCUCGUGAAAUCAAGCCCAAGUACUGUUUGUAUAAGAAGUACAGUUACUUUGCAAAAGGAAAGAGGAAAGUGGAAACCAAAGACAUCCUUAAAGAGGUGGGUGAGCCAAUCCCACCUUCUGCAGGUCAGACCGUGACAAGGACCAUCACUAUCCCAUACGACACAUGUGUGUCCAUCUUAAACUGCCAAAUCAUCAAAGCAGAGUACCGGCUCAGGGUCUACCUGGAUGUCAAAUAUGCAUCAGACCCCCAGAUCAAGUUCCCCAUAAUCAUCCUACCUGCUUUACCAGGGUCUGAUGAGGAGCAGAAGCCUGCCUAUCUUGCCUAUGGAUUUGGCGCAUUUGCAAACUCAGACAUGCACAGAGGCACCGACUUCCCAAAUAACCCAUCAACCACGGGUCCUUCUGCUCCACCUCCAUCCUAUGGGGCACAUCACAUGUACCCCACAUUGGCUAAUUUGGAUGAGAAAUCCUACAGUGCGUUUAAUUCUUAGUGUGAUACAACACUUUAAAGGGUAAGACAAAUUUGACUUGGUCCUAGUUAUCUACACUAUAGCAUCUCAGAGAUUCUUGUGUAAAGUACUAAGAAUAAAUAUAAAAUGCUUACUUUUAGGGAAAAUUAGACAUAAUCAACUCCUGUUUGACUGAUGAUUUGAUUUCUGGUAGAUGAGGUUCUCAAAUUGACCUCACAUUUUUUAGGAUAUUUGAGGAAUAUUAAAACGUUGAUUAUUAUGUCAUGAAGAAAAUGAAUUUGAAUUUGUUCAGUUCUUUUGAAUAAAUAAUAAAAACAAACAGGCAUAAUGAUCCUAAAUUAAAUAUUUUAUUUUGGAGUUGAUACCACAAACAGUUUUACACCAUAGACAAAAUGCAGCUCAUUCAUUCCAAGCCUGUUUGCUUUGUUAGCCAGUCAAUUUUAGACCAAUACCUGAGCCAUGCACAUGGGCAAUGAAGACUACCCCAAUUUUGAAUAGAUUACCAACAUGACACUUACAAGAUGUAAAAACUUAACAUGAAAAAAAAGGAAGCCGGGUCAGAGAUCUGAAAAACUGUAUUACAUAGUCCUACAUUAUCUUACUGUAUACUAAUAAUACUGAAAUAAUUGAGACAUCAUAUUAGACUGAAUGCACACUGUGCUGAGGCUCCCUGCAGAUCUGUAAACAACACUGAUUCUCAAUAGUUAAAGGGGGUAUUUCAUUCAUUGGUGAGCUUUAUGCUGUAUCUCUGAUACCUCUGUAGUAGCUUCACAUGAUUUAAAGCUCAUAUAAUAAUUUUAGAUCAGGCUUCUCUGUAUGCAAUCAAAUGAUCAAAUAUCAAAUUAUUAUUUUUAUUAUUUUUGUAUAAUUUUAGUAAUAGUAGUAGUAGUAGGAGUAGGAGUAGGAGUAAUGGUUUUAGUAGUAGUAUAUCAAAAUGUGCAGUAUAAUCCCAUGAAUACUUCAACAUACAUUUAUCUGACACUUUGAAACUUUGCCAAUGUUUAGUAUUGACAUCCAACAUUGUAACUUAAUAUUUAUUGGCAAAAUAUGAAAAAGCACAAUACCACCUCUCUAAGGAAUAUCAAUUCAUUACAGUAUGAUUUACUCCAACCAAGAUAUUAAUUCUCAGGCACGAGAUUCUGUCUCUAACAUUAACUCUAACACAGUCAGUAAGCCUUAAUGUAUGAUUUGUGUGUUUUCUCCACCUGGAAAAUAAAAGCUGGAUGAGUCUGAUGGUUGUAAUCAUAGUUCAUUGGAGAUUAAAAUGAUA